AUGAACGGCUAUAUCGAGAGGGGCGACGAGCGCCGCCGCCGGGCGGCACAGGCCCGAGCGGGACUGCCGGGGACAGAAGUGGGCUCCCCGUCGGCCUCGGCGUCUCCGCGCUCGCCACUCAGCUACGGCCAGUCUUCGCCUUCGGCGAUGCCCUUUUACUUCUCGGAGUCUUCCGCAGAUGCGUACUCUUCGUGUCGCCAGCGCGCCGCGUGUCUCCAGGCGGAGGCUGCCGAGAGCCGGGACAAGGCGAGCUGUCUCCGAAUGGGGGCCCAGCGGUCACGUCUCCUGUCGCUGGCCGCCAUGAAGGAGACACAGGCCGAGGCGCUGCGUGCGGCGGCCGAUGCGGCGGAGCGCGAGGCGGCCCUCGUGGAGGAGAGAGAAAGUGGACGGAGGAAAGAGCGGAGAGAGGAAAGGCCGAGAGAAGAGAGGGGAAGAUUUGGCGAGUCCGACGCGUUCGCGCCGCCAAGGUCGCCCGCGUCGCCGGCAGCCAAGUCACAGCGAAGUUCCGGCAGGUGGAGCGGGGGUCCUGAGGAGAGGUGCGAAAUGCCGAGAGAAGUCUUCGCAGACCGAGAGGAUCGCCUGGGAAGAGAAUACCAACGGGGACUCGACAGAGAGGUGCCGACAAGACCGGAAACGGCGACCAGGGACGAAGACUUCGAGACGGAACUCUACGGGGGAACGCGCCUCAGAGAGACACUCAGCCUCGCGGGGGCGUUUCCGUCCAGAAGUGGGGAAAACGCUGAAGAACAGGGCGGACGCAUCAGGGACGCAGGCAUCGCUUCGAAGGCUGAACCUCCUUCGCGGGCCGAGCCCCCGUGGGUUCGGCGAGCCCAGGCGCUGCGCCUCGAGGCGGCCGAACACCGCGACCGGGCGCAGUGCGUUCGCGGCUCCAAGCAGCGAGGCUUGUUGAUCAUCGCCGAGAAGAAGGAGCGAGAAGCGGAGGCGCUGCUGGCGUCUCACGGCCGGGAGCCUCGGCCGUCGCAGAGCAUCACUCCGCCCGCGGGGCCGGAGCCGUCGUUCGACUUCCACGAGGCGUGGGCGACGUCGGAGGCUUCCGUGCGGCGUCGCUGGGACCUCCGGCCCGAGUCGAGUGUUUCGGCGAGCAGGCUUUCUCGUGGAAGUCCCGAGGACGCACGUUUCCGCCCGGCAAGUUGCCGCGAGGAGCCCGAGAGUGUCCCGCUGAGACGCGGGGCUGUCCCCGAUCCGGCGGAGCCGCCCUUCCGCUCCGCGAGAGACGGGUUUCCAGAAGAGGACGUCAGAGAGGCAGCCGACAGGCAGCGUCUCGUACAAAUCAGACAGCUCCAGGAAGAGGCAGCCUGCGCGAGGGACAAGGCCGUUCUCGUUCGCGGCGCCAAGCAGAGGGCCCUGAUCAAGAUAGCUGAGCACCGGGAACAGCAGGCGGAACUGCUGAUGCGAGACGGCGAGGAGCAACUCGAAAGAGCGGAGGCCCCUACGAGAGAACGGGGAGACGAACGCGCUCGGCCCGCGUCUGCCGACAUGCCGCCGUGGCUGCGUGACGAACAGGUUGCAAAAAGCCGAACGCGACGGUCGGAACAGAUGGAAGCGAUCCCUGAACUGGACCGAACGAGGGACCGCCCAGACCCCCGCAGGGCUGCGAUGUUGGCGCCCGCAGGAGACGCGUGCAGCGACGACGGGCUGCCCGCAACUCUGAGCUGUCUGUCCCCGCAUGCCUUGUCCUCACUGUCGCCGCACGUCGUCUCCGAGAUCCACAGACUCUCCAGGGAGGUGGACGUUCUUCGCGACAAGGCUGCGUGUUGCAGCGGAGCGAAGGCCCGUCAGCUGAGGUCGAUGGCAGACAUCAAAGAGCGCCAGGUGGAGGAUCUCGUUCGCCCUCCGCCUCCGAGGGCCCCUCCCGGGGGGCCUCAACUCGCCCCGCCGGCGAGCGCUGCCUCGGAAGCCGCCUACGUCCGUGGAGCCUCGGGGAAGUUCCCAGUCUCGUGGCCCGGGCAAGCCAUGCUGGGGACUCGGCCUGGGGGCGCCGAGCCGCAGGUGCCUUCUGGGGCGGUUCACAGUCCGGGUGUGCAGUUGCGCGUCCCCUCCGUCUCGGGAGUUCCUCCCCAGUUUGAAGUGCCCAGCGAGAAAGCCUCAGCGGCGCUGGGUGGUGCAAACUCUUCACAGCUGGGGGAUGAACAAACUGAAAGGCGCCAACUCAGCGCGGGCGACCUCGCCGAUGAGAAUCAUCCCCUGGCCGACAGCGCCGACUGGCAACGGUACAACCAGCUUCUCAGAGAGGCCCGCGAGCACCGGGGAAAGGCGGCGUGUGUCGGGGGUGCGCGACAGCGUCAGCUUCUCGCCAUUGCGGCAGCCAAGGAGCGCCUGGCGGGGGAUCUGAAGGUCAAGGUGGAGGAGGCUCUCCCACCCGGAACGCGACUGGACGCGCUGGGGCGGAUUCGCCAAGACCAAAGGCGCGUCUCUUCGCACGGACGCGAAGAGUCGCCCCUCGUGCUCCCCCCUCCUCGGCUCACGCGGUUCACGACUGGCGAAGAGCCGGGGUCUCCCGAGGAAGCGUCUGACGACGUGGCAGUCGAAGCCUCGAGAUUCGCAUGCAUGUCUCCUCGCGUCGCUCAAGUUGUCAGUGAAGGCAGGGUGCGUAGAGGGGGCCUGCUACAGCGCCCUCCGUAUCUGGUGGCCGGAGGCCCAGACCACUGUGAGGCGCCUGCGCCUCGCUUGGCGGAUGCCGAGGAGCCGCCGAGGCCGACGCUGGAGGAGUUGAAGAGACAGCACGAGCUCCUGCAAGAACAGCUGCAUCUCGUCGAGGAGCAACUGCAGCUUCACCGCGAGCGCCAGGCGCACGAGGAGCAACGGCGGCGUCUGGAGGCGAUGGAGAAGCUAGAGAGAGAGGAGAGGGAAGCGGCGAAGCAGCUGAGUGAAGAGACCGACGCCGACGACGCGUUCCUGAAGCGUCAAGACCCGCACGGCGUCUUCCCGGUGAAGACGGAACAGCCGGUCGCGCCGUCGCGAACUGGGACGCAAGAAGAGGGAGAUCUUGCUGCGACUGAGGAGACGCCUCGGUUGGGCGAGACCGGAGACGGCUGCAACGAAUCCCAGAAAGCCGGCGAUGCGUCAGACAGCGGGUUGGACCCCGAGGACGGCCAGGCCGGCUUGGACGACGCAAGCAGCAAACAGAGUUGGACUCUCGCGGAAGACGACGCGGACGAAGGGGCCUAG